AUGUCAACGUCAACCAACGCAAAGGACCUUCAGCAAUGCUUGACUCUUCUCAAAGCAUCAGAUGAUACUUCAAAAUUCGUCGCCUUGACCAUCAUUCCUGCGAUCUUAUCGCGCGAUCCGUCCCUCGCUCCCGUCUGCUGGGCUGCCUUGAGUCACUCCUUCAUCGACAGAUUAUUGAGAACGAGUGCGUGGACUGCCUUGAGUACAGUUGGUCCCACGCUGACUUCAUUAGAGUCUCGUACAGAUGAACAGAAUUCAGCGAAUGAUUUGCAUGAAUUGGCGGUCAUGAUCCUCCAUUCAUUCGCGACUUAUCCGGGUCUUGCUGAGGAUGGACAUAUGCUUGCGCAAGUGCCCACAAUAUUCAAGACCCUGAGAAUCAGCAAUCCAACCACGACAAAACUGACCUUUGAGCUUUUGCAGCGUAUCUCAAGCACACGGAGCGGAGCCUCGUCUCUCGCAGAAGCUGAAUACAUCAAUGUGUUGGCACAAGUGGUGACGGAUCAUACAGAGUACACCAGCUUGGUCUUGCCAAUAUUGCAACUGGUAUUUGCCAAGGCAGAGUCACCAACAUUCACCUCGACGUCGGUCAUAGACAAUGUGCUCGUCACUCUUGCCACCGAUUUCAGGUCUCGUGCAGAAGAUGUGCAGUUAUGUCUGCUUGAUUUCUUCUACAAUAUCCUUACGGCAUUACCUUCGACCCUUUGGAUUUCGGAUGAGUCGCUGAGCUGGCAGAGGGAAUUGAUCUUGGGUCUUCGACAGUUGACAUUGAAUAAGCAAGGCACCAAAGUCCGCGGUCAGGUUUCUCAGAUCCUCGCUGCUGUCAUGAAUAUUCGUGGCUUUGGUUCUGUCUUUCAACUACCCCCGUCUACAGCAGCCACAGAACAACAAAGCACCGUCUUUGACACAAAGUUUGCCAUGCUUGUUGUCAACUUAGCAGCCGUAGAUAUCCGCGCGACGCUGACGGACCUCAUGAAGGAUCUUGCAUCUCCAGAAUAUCAGUUAACAGCUACACGACUUGCCGCUGAUUAUGACAUUUUGGUGGCCGUAAUCUCUUAUCUGGUUACACCAGAUGAAGUUGGGUGCUUAUUUGAGCCAUCGGACCUUCUGAAACUGCAGAAGGCCAUCACCGAUGCUUUUUCAGAAACGAUGGAUUUUCUGCGAGAGAGGUGGGACGCAGCUCGAGUCGGUGCAAUGGGUCUGCGUGGCGAUGAUGCCGAAGGACUACCGGCCCUUGGCUGGGAUACUUCAUCAGAGGGUGGUAUUGCGAGGGAUGUGAUGAUCGUUUCUGCGGUACGGGCACUUUCCCUCUGGCUGCAGGAAGAUGAGGGGUUAAGGCAUACUGCCGGAGGAAUAGUGGACGUGUUCCUGGGGUUGUUCAAAGAAGGCGCAAGUGUCGGUGUAGAUUACCGGGGAUGGGUUACCAGUGCCUUGCAGUGGGUUGUGUGUGAAAGGAAUGGCCGGGAGGUGUUUCUGAAUGAAGGCGGAUGGGCCCUUGUCUCGGCCGACUUGAAGAAACUAGCCUCCCGAAGCUCUGGUUCCUCCGACACGGAUCUUCAGAUUGGUAUACUUGAAGCGCGUGUCUUAUUGAACGUUUUGGAGAAUGUGGAUAGUGUGCGAAAGCCGUGGUUGGACAUUGCGCAGACAGCCGGACGAUACUCCAACACAGCGGCGAAUGGUGUAGCAUGCCAGUUCUGGGCUGAGAUUACAUCUUUAUCCUGUGCGUUACUGGCGAAAGCGCCCACGGAGGACGUGAAUGGAUCAUUGCGGAGGAAGCUUAUGGCCAAUGGCGAAGCACUUCAAGAAAUGGGAGUACAGGUCGACUAUCUGGCAGAUCUAAAGUUAAGUUGA